AUGGGAGAAAGAAGAAAGAGAAGCAGUUAUAAGGGAAGGUAUGAAUUUCGUAGGUCGAAAAAAACAAUAUUUUCAUGCUGCAUUACAAUCUGUGUGGUGGCACUCUCCUGGGCUGCCAUCACACAGUCCUUUAUCUCACUGUGUGGUGGCAUCCUAAGAGAGUGCCACCAUAAAGAUUGUUGUCCUGUCGUUGGCUCAUCUGAAAUUAUUUAUGCUCACUGCAAAAUGAUGCAUAAUCACUCUGUUACUAAUUUUGAUUUUUAUAUCAGUUUUGUUGUUUCGCUUAGAGUUGAUUAUGAGUCUUUUGUUGUUUUACAAGAGAACAAAUCCAAUGAUGUAUUUGUUUUGCACAACAAUUCACAACCUACUGGAAACAGUUUAACAUUGUGUCGUCUUGGACCUGAUGAUAGAUGCGUCAGGCUUGAAGCUCUUGCUGGCAAUUUUCAAUCCAUUGAAUCUUAUAACAGCUCUUCAGCAUGGAUUGUUUUUGGUGGAAGUCGUACAUUUGUUGUUGAAUGUUUCACAAAUUUGGAUAUCAUCGUGUAUGCUGAUACUGCAAUGCUUCCAGACCCCUUACAAGACGAUUCAGAUUUUGAUAUAGAACCGGUGGACACUGGACUAGACGGAACCCAUAGUCUUGAAAUUUCCACUAACUUAAUAGACGGCUUGUCGUCUACAGUCACUUGCCAUAUCGUAUUAAAUAGGGGCAGAGCCACUACCCAAAAUCUGAAUUAA